AUGCCCUCCUCUCCAGCUUUGUCAGCUUUCUGGCACCUUAAUUUGAACUACUCAGAACUCAGCUGGCAAAGGCAAGCAUUCCCAUUUGUUUCAGGACAUUCUUCUGAAGCCUAUAAGCUAUGUAAGCUGUGUUGUCAGUUUCAUUGCAAAGAUGUUUUGACUUUAGCUGAGUGUUUUUACAAUGAGAAUUCAGAAUUCCUUUACAUGUUGAAGUGGCUGCUGUACUGUGUGGCCCAUGUCUCCUGCUUGGGAAUGGAUGGUUACUCUGUAGCUAGUAGAUUUACGGCCCCCCCGCGGGGGGCCGCGGCGCGCAGCCGCACCACCGAUCGGCUGGCCUCCCUCCGGGUACCUAGGAUUCUGGAUGCUAUUUAUAAGCAAUUGAGUAAAAAUCCUUCUCACAUUAUGAAGCAUGUUAUGCUGAGGGUCAUUACUUUGUUGACCCGCACUUCACCCAGGAUGAUUAUCUUUAAACUGUUGGACUACCCAGUCCCAGCAGACAACACGCUGGUGCUGAUGUGGCAUGCGGUGGGUUUGGAGUCACGCACGGCCUCACAGGUGCUGAAGACAAUACUGUUGAUACUGAAAGGAAAGACUGGAGAUAUGAAGAAUGCCCUCACGGAAAGACACUUCUCUCUGGAUGAUAUCAACAUGAUGCCCUUGGCGGCAUCCCAGGCCUUAUGUACCCUGCUGCCCAUUGACUCUUACAGGAAAGCAAUGAUCCACUUCUUCCCCCAACUACUGAUGGCCCUCAUGUUUCAACACUCCUGUAGCAGCCGGAUGAGGCCACUGGAGCAGGACAGUCCUUUGUAUGCUCGGGAUGCCCUGAGAGUUCUACUGAAUUGUUCUGGACUGCAACAGGUGGAUGCCGCUCUACAGAAAAAGAACUGCUGGGAGCAGUAUGGCCAAGUGCAGUAUCAUCAUCACGGGGUCUACCUCAUUGCCAAAACUCUCAGUGAUUAUAAAUUUCAGCAGUUUCCGGAGACCUUGCAUUACCUCUACAAGCUUUCAAUAGGUGGUCCCAGGACUACUGAGGACAGAGUCAUCAUCAUUAUAUUCCUCACUGAACUUCUGAACAACUUCUUGAAGGACCCAUUCCCAGAAGAAUUUUUGAUUCUUUACAGAAAGUGGGCUAACGAUUCCAGUCCCACAGUUAGCAAACUGAGCCUUCAGAAAAUCGCCAGCAUGGCUCCAGUUAUCAAUGAGAUAGAAAGUUCCUGCAGCAUGUUAACAUCCAUCCUGGAUGCCUUGCUCUCCAAAGACAACAUGGUGGUCAUGCAGGCUUUGCUCACCCUCCGAGAACUUUUAGACAAACUUGACAGAGUGAAAUAUUCCUCUCUUGGCAUCAGAAUCACUUCCAGUUAUUUACUCCUGAUGGAUCACAUUAGUGAAAAUAUUCGGAGUACUGCUAUUCGACACUUCGGUUUACUAGUUAAAGAUAUGAGUCUGAACAAACAGAUGCUGAAACAUGUGGUCCUAAAAGGCUUGGUGCCUCUGAUUCUGUUUUUGGAGGAAUCUGAGAUAAAAGUAGUUAAAGCAUGUAAAUAUACGUUAGAAAUCUGUGACUCACAUUUACAGUGGUCAACAUCAUAUUUUCUCCAAGAUGAAUAUUACAAUUUUGAGCUGGUGGUGCUCAGCAUUUGUAACACUUUUCUUAUUUCUCAAAGGAACUACAUCACAGAUUUGAUAGGUGAUACCUUAGGAUUCCUGAGGAGCUCCAGAACAUAUCUGAGGAGGGCAGCAGUUAUCUUAAUAGGGUACUUGGCCAAAGCAGGUGACUACUUACUGCUCAGAGAUGAGAUUGAAGUCAUGCUUGAGGUUAUGGAACCAAUGCUUCAAGAUGAAGAUCUGGUGGUCAGAGAGUUGGCAGAAAAAACCCACAAGCUUUUUAAGGAAAUUGCCCAGGGAAUGACCUCCUCAACUAUUAAACGAAACUUUAAAAAAUUGGUUAAGUUCACCUAUGUCAAAAAAUUGAAGCCACUUUAUUAUUAUUACCAGCCUGAGGACCAAACAGAGUGUCCUACACAAAUUGCAAAGACUAAGGAUAAGGAAAGCCUCAUAGAAGAGAAGGAUGAGAACAUCAUGGUCAAGAAUUAG